AUGAACACAGACAUAUUCGCCGCUCUCAGGGCCCCGACGCUUCCCUUGGAGCUCAUACCGCUUAUCUUCAGCUACUCGGCAAAGAGGGAUCAGAUGCAAAUGCUGCUCGGAUGUCGCACCUGGCACACGCUGCUGAUUGAAAACCUGUAUGCACGGAUACGCAUAGUGAACGAGAAGCGGCUUGACAUGCUGUUCAAAACGCUCGUGGUUCGACCGGAGCGCUUUUCGUGGAUCAAGAGUUUCGAACUGGGAAAUGGACCCCGUCCCGCAGACGAAGACGACAGACGCUGCGGCCCGCUGGCUGUUGCGCAACUCCAUACCGUUCUCCUUAUGACGCACCUCGAACAGAUAACCUUCACCCUCCAUACGCAAAAAAGUCAUCACGAAGACAAGUAUACUUUUGGAUGGAACCGAGGGCGGAUGUUCUUCGGAUUUCCCGAGUUCGAGCUAGACGAGUAUGGUUUAGGCGAAGAUAGCCUUAGAAGUCUUCUGAAAACACUCUCCUGGCGGUACGCAAAUGAGACCGUACACGUCGACAGCAAGCAACUGCCGCCCAUCGCCCUGCCCCAUUUCCCGUGCCUAAUGAAGGUCACAGGAAACGCCGAUGAUUUGAUCAACGAUCGAUUUUGGCGGGUCCCGGCCGUCACACGCCUUCAAGUACAUGCGAGUUAUGAGUUUCACGAGCAUGAUGCCAGGGAGCUGUUCUCGGAUCUUCCAGAAACAAUAUGCUCCUUGGACGUGGAAUUUUGGGGGGUUCCAUUAGUGCUCCCGAAAUGGUCCAAUCGGAUGCCCAUCCGGGUACUCAGAUAUCUUAUUCCGCUUCUGACUGUAACGAAUGCGAUGGCAACAGCGUGGGAGGCAGAACUCAUGCAUUACAAUGGAGGCGGCGUGUUGGAGAUUGUCGCCAAUGGCAGUGUUAAGACGGCUACGGGCUACGAGGCAGCCAUGGUGGGUCUUGUGCGCAUAGCGGAAAGAAGCAAAAAAUUCCACGACGUCUGCCUCAGGUGGAUACCGAUCCACUAUAACGAUUCAGGCUCGAUCCGCUAUGAUCAAGGGUGGAGCUACGCGGAUUAG